AUGAAGAACAUCCAAUCCCUCACAUCAAACUCAUCUUACACUCGCGAGGGUUACGAUGACUUUAUCCGAGAUACCCUCACCCAUUUUAACUUAGUAGGCCACUUGCUUAAUAUAUGUCUUAUCAACGCUCGAUCGAUCUGCAACAAAAAGACGGAUUUAGCCCUGUUUGUAUCCAUAUAUCAACCAUCAGUUAUUAUGAUAUCUGAAGCAUGGACUAACAGUAAUAUUUCCGACAGAAGCAUAUCUCUAGAUAACUAUUCCCUAUAUAGAAGCGAUAGAUUGAAUGGACGAGGCGGAGGAUGCCUUAUUUACGCUCACUCUAGCCUGAACUCACUGCUAUGUGAUAUGCCUGAACUAAACAAACUGAAGGAUUCGGUGUGGAUUGUAUUAAAGCCGUUGAAUUCCGUUACCUUACUGCUCGGCUGUGUUUAUCGUCAACCUAACGCAUCAAUAGAUGAAAUAGCAGUAUUAUCGGAGGUAUUCACGCUAGCAUCAUCCCUCUCAUUCACAGGCAAGCUCAUUUGUGGUGACUUCAAUAUGCCCGAAAUUUCUUGGCUGCCAGUCAAAGCGCCGAGACGUUAUGAAUCAUUUAUUGAAUGUCUAGAGCUUGGACAAUGGACUCAGUAUGUCGAUAGCCCUACCAGACAUCAAAACAUCUUAGACUUAGUCUUUACCAGUGGCCUCAUCCCCAAUACUUUGUAUAUUGGAAAAAAGUUCCCAGGUAGUGAUCAUAACAUUGUCAUAUGCAGCCUUAAUGUAAAAACCACAACCGAUAGAAGUAAAACCGUAACACUUCGUAGAAACUAUCGCAAGGUUGAUUGGAAUAACUUCCACAAUUACCUAAGAAGCACUGAUUGGAGAACUUUCUUUACCUCAAACAAUACCGACACAUUAACCAAUAUAUUUUAUCACAACAUCAAAAGUAUCAUCAACAACACCGCACCUUUAGAAUACUGUAAACCUACGUUCUCCAAAGAUCUCUAUAUACCGGUCAGUACAAGAAGACGUCUUCAAAGACAUUGUACUCGAUUCCACAACUUAAAUGACUUUUCCUCUUUAGUAACGAUGACAGAAAUACUUGUCCGAACAGAGGCAAUAAGUAAACAAAAAGCAGUAGCACAGGAAAAACGUGCAGUUGAAUUUAAUAAUAACUCCUCUGCAGUCAGUCAGUCAGUCAGUAACAACGUAGAACUUCG